AUGAUGGACUCAGCAGAAAAAUCCCAUGAAAUAUCAAAUGAAUUUGAAGUAACUCCUGUCGAAUCUGAAGAAAUACCCCCAGUACUAAAGAUAGCCAACUAUAUCAAAAGUCUUCAAUUGACACCUAAAAAGUUCAUUCACAUGUUGCUUACCUCAUCGGAACCCGAAAUUGUCGAGCGUCGUAAAUAUUGGGGGACUUCAGCCACUUGGGAAUCAACCGAGCAGAUCAUCGAGGAUAUCCGGAGAAUCACGGUGGACGAGAAAGGAGAAGAGAAAGUAUGGAAUGAGUACAUGCUGAGCAAGGCUCAAUCUAUUGCUGAAAGCCAAAAUAUACCUAUACGGAAGGGGAGGGAUAAAAAAAAGAAUGUCAUGUUUUUCAGUUCAAGAAAUAUUGUCCACGAUGAUUUGUCACACUCUAGAGAUGUAGAUCGCCAGAAGCUUGUAGAAGGCUCAAUGCCAUUUAUGUAUCAACUUAUUCGUCAAAAGCUCAGACACAGUGACUUGCUUCGACAGAGACGUGCAGAAAGUAAGAGAUCAAAAACAGGAUGCCAAGGUAAUGCCGAUGAAGACGAAGAGGAAGCCGAAGCGGAGUCUGGAGAUGAUGAAGAGGUUUCAAAACAACCUCAAGAUACCGAGACGCACGAAGUACAGGCAUCAAGGUUUGAGGAUUAUGUUUACCGUAAAUCAAAUGACAAGCAAGCAAACCAGGAGCAUCGUCUGGAUCAGAUGGAGAAUGGUCUCACUUUCCUCGCUGGUGGUGUCUCUGAACGUAUGAACAAGUAUCUCGGAUACAUUGGCUUGAGCACUUCACGUCGCACUGCAACCCGAGCUCUACGUAAACUAGGUUCCGAUACAGCUGCUUUAAUCAAAUCUCGUUCAGCUCAACCUACACCAGUCGCGCCCUUCAUAUGUUGCGACAAUCUGGACUUUGAGGAACGUAUACACACCGAGCGUCUCGAGGAGAGCACCAAGAUGUUCCACGGGUCCUGGGCAUACAUACACUUCCUGAGACCGGCACUACUUGCUAACGUGGAUCCUAACUCGUUCACCCUCAAUGGAUUUCGAAAAAUCCUUCUUGAAGCCGGAAAAGUUGAUAUUAAUCCGGGUCUACUCAUUUCUAAGAAGGAAGACCAUGAUCGGUGGCGUCAGACUUUGAAGUAUCAAAUCGCCAAAACCCUGUUACAAUAUCUCUCACCUGGCUCAGCAAUGGAAGUUAUGGGCCUCAGCGAGGAAGCGUUACAACAGGAUCUGAACCUCUCUCCCGAAAAGUUCAUUGAAGUGGGUAUUGGAACGGAUUCGGAUCAAUUGAUCCUUUUAUAUUCUAUCAACAUCCCCUUGCUACGGGAGCUUUUACAUAAGCUUAAGGGUCGUUCCGGUUCCAAUCACAUAUAUCAAUCUCACAAAAAUCUCAUAACUCCAGCGUCACUCAAAAGCUUCCUUCGAUUUGCCCGCCUCAACCAACUCACCAAGAAUAGACCCGGAUCUUGCAUCACUGCUGGGGCAGUGAAAGAUUGCAAUCGCCUUGGUAUCCAGAAGCUACAGCUGUAUGCCACCACUAACGAUUUGGGGCGUUUUCGGUGGUCAGAUUGGAUAGAUAUUGAGAACCCAAAGGACAAGGAUGAGCUUGAUUUCUCGGAGGUUUUGGAGUGGGUUUCUGGUGACUGA